AUGGCAUCAAGGGAAGCUUUUAACCAAUGCUUGGUUCUCCCAAUCUUGCUGCUGAAUUGCUUUGUUUUGCUGGGUCAAUGUGGGAGGCCACAUAACACAGAAGGAGAGGAUUUGGUCACAGAAACCUGCAAGCACACCCUUCAUUUCCAAGUAUGCAUUUCUUCCCUAAGAUCAGUCCCUAGUAGUAGCAAGGCAUCAGAUCUAAAAGUGCUUGCUGAGAUAGCACUGAAUCUCAGCACAGCAUAUGCUGCAGACACUUUGUCCUAUGUUCAUGAGCUGCAGCCUAACUCUUCUGCUGCCAAUAACAUUUACGUGUCCCGUUGCUUGAGGGAUUGUGAAGAGGAAUUCUCGGAAGCCAUAGAGAAUUUGCAGGACUCAAAGCAAGCACUUGGCAAUGGAGAUUGUGACCAAGUGGAUACAUUGGUUUCUGCUGCUAUGUCUGAUGCUCAGACAUGUGAAGAUGGCUUCAAGGACAUGAAGAAUGAGGACAGUUAUUCCACUUCUCCUCUUACAGAGCGUAACCGUUACUUCUCUGAACUAUGUAGCAAUGCUCUUGCCAUUACGAAAUUACUAGUUUGA